AUAAGUGAAGAGAGUUCCAGCUUAGACAUUGACAGCUGUUGUACUCCAUCUUUACUGAGAAGUCUUCCUGUGGAGAAUGGAAGUGGUUUUCCUUGAUACAAAACAUACAAUGUUAUUAUAACUGCUUUUGAAAAUUUGCCAGCUUGUCUUAGAUUAAACAGAAUAUUUCUGGAAACUUUAUCAGCAAGAAGGCUGUGAGAGAAAGAAAGUGUGGAAGGGGACAGAAAACAGAUCAAGACUGAAGCACAUGCAGAAAAUUGACUGAAGCUCCAAAAAGUCUACAGCAUUCAAACAAGUUCUUAUUUUAUAAUAAAAUCUAAAACAGAAUAUCACAGGCCUCAGUGGAAAAAAGUGCAACAAUGUCAAAUAAAAGUCAAUGCACAAGAAACAUCGCUUAGAGUAACAUCAGACCUCACCAUGGAUAAUACAAGUAUAGGACCAAUAUUCAUGCUGUUGACAUCUUCAGGCUGGAAGGGCCAGGCAUUUAAUGAAUCUAGUGAAAAUAAGCUACCAUCUACGCUAUUCUUUUUUUGUUGGAUUACCAUUGCUACUGUAGGUCUACUGGGCAAUGGAAUCAUCAUCUGGUUCCUCUCACUUAAGAUACAAAGAACUCAUUUUGCUGUCCUCAUUCUCAACCUGUCUGUAGCAGAUUUUCUGUAUCUCAUUUGUAACACUAUUGCAGCAUUUAUCAGGAUCUCAGGUUCUCCAAUAGAAGAUACUACCAUUUAUAAUACAGUGAAAACUAUAAGCCAGUAUAUACCCUACAAUGUAGGCCUGCUUUUAAUGACUGCAAUUAGUAUUGAGCGAUGUACUUGUCUAAUUCGCCCUGUGUGGUACAGAUUUCAUCGCUCAAAUAACUUUUCUGCAAUUGUUGCAGCACUUAUCUGGGUGUUUUGCAUUUUCAUAGUAGUGAUUCCAAACAUCAUUGAUUUAAUUAAUUGCCCAUACAGCGUGAUGCAAGACGAUCCAUAUAAAACGAGCCAGAAAUCAUUCAGUGCACUGCUUCUUUAUUUCUUAAUCCUGUAUUUUGCAUUACUUUUCCCUAUCACUCUUAUCUGCACUCUUAUAGUGGUGUGUAAAAUGCAAAAAGACAAAUCUGCAAGGCGUGCAAAAGUAAACGCAGUAAUGGUGGCAUCGAUUAUUGCCUUUGUUAUAUUUUCUGGGCCGUUCAGUUUGGUAAUAUUCAUAAUUAGGCAAAAGUCUAAGUCAUCAUAUACAUUAAGACUUGUGUAUGCUGGAUUUCGGAUUCUCCAUAUCAUAGGGUGUAGCAUCAACCCUUUCAUUUACAUAUUCUUGGGAAGGGACAUGAAGAAAUUCAAGCUGACAAUUCUUCAAAAUCUUCGACGUGUUUUUACUACUGAAACAUCUCAUGCAGAAAAGGAUGAAUCUGUGACAAGCAAGACAGAAAAUAUACAGAUUUGAAACUCAAAGAAGCUUGGUAUAUUCAAAAAAAAAGUCUAGAGUGUUUUCCUGCUUUAGCUUCUGAUAAAAAUUUGGAUUUUGAAAGUUGACUUCAAAGCAGAUUUAUAGCACAUGAAGUACUCUUAAGUGUUAAUGGAUAUGUAAAAUAUUCUUACCUACAAUGCAAAGAUAUCUUUUUGACUUGUAUAUAUAACAAACUCGUCUAUCCUUGCAAAGGUUUUACUUUCAUGACAUUUUUUACAGUACAAUUAGCCAAAGAUUUUUUUUCUGAGUUGUUAAUAAAAAAAUAAUUUAACAGUAGA